CCCUUCCCUUUAUUCCUAUUCCCCUAUACCAUAUAACCCAUCUAACUUUUCCAUCAAGCUAGGCCAAGAGAUACGCCUAUAAAUUUAUUUACUUUUGUUCUCCACCUUUGUUCAUUAACUGUUCCAAAGUUUUCUUUAGCAGGAGGCUGCAAAAAUGGCAAGAAACCUCGCCCCUCUUAUCUGUAUCUUGGUCAUGGCCAUGGAUGUCGUUGCUGGCAUACUUGGGAUUGAGGCUGAAAUUGCCCAAAACAAGGUGAAACACUUGAGGAUGUGGAUUUUUGAGUGUAGAGAUCCGAGCUAUGAAGCUUACAAACUAGGAAUAGCUGCAGUGUUGCUUUUGACGCUGGCUCAUGUUAUUGCUAACUUGUUUGGAGGUUGCAUUUGCAUCUGGUCGAGGGCAGAUUUUGAGAAAGCAAACUCAAACAAGCAAUUGGCUGUUAGCUGUCUCAUUCUUUCGUGGAUCGUAUUAGCUACUGGGUUUUCGUUGCUGAUGAUAGGGACAUUAGCAAACUCAAGAUCAAGAAAAUCGUGUGGAAUAGCACAUCAUCGAUUCUUAUCCAUAGGUGGGAUUGUAUGUUUCAUUCAUGGGAUCUUCAUCAUUGCAUAUUGUCUUUCGGCCAAAGUUGCAGACACAGAAGAAAAUAAAAAUCGACAAGGACACCACCAGCCCGGAGGCCCUGCUUAACUAUUUGUAUUUGUGCUUCUUUUUACUAAUUUAUUCUUUCUUUUUUUUUUCUCUGUUUAUUCCAAUUAUUGCGAUGAUUCUUCUAUCUCCACAAUGCACGAUCAAACAUAUAAAUAUUUUUGUACCAUGCGCGCUUAUAUAUAUAGUAGGCUACUAUUAGUAUAUGAUGUUAUAUAUUAGAGUUUUGCUGGUUCGCAUGUGCCCAACACACCUUGCAUUGAAAUAUGUAAGAUUCGAUAUUAAAUUACACUAAUAGCAAUACGUCAUCUUCUUGUGGUGUUGUACGUA